AUGGAUCAUUCAGGAUUACAGCAAAGAGAAGCGGAAGCGAUGAAACGUGCCGCAUUCUUCGGUAUUAUCAUAUCAACGAUAGCAACAUUGACAGCGAUCAUUGCUGUACCACUUUUGUACAAUUAUAUGCAACAUAUACAAUCAUCCCUUGAGGUUGAAGUUAAUUAUUGCAAGCAUUUAACAAAAGGUUUAUGGCAACAAUAUGAUAAGGUGCAAAUAUUAGUCGAUACAGGGAAUGUUAACAUUAACAAUCGUCUCAAAAGAAACGUAAAUCGAAAUCAUAACGAUCGGAUGAAACGUAAAAGACAUCGAGCGCAUGGAGCUCCAACAUAUUCGAUAGAAGAUGAAAGUAUCGUAUAUAGCGUUGAAGAUGAGGAGGAAGAGGAGGAUGAAGGAGAAAAUACGGAGGGAGAGGAAGUGGAUGAAGAGGACAACAAAUUUGAAUUGAUAAGAGAGGAUGUGACACAAAGUGAAUUCAUGCAAAAUGAGAAGAACAAUAAUGGCAGAAAUAAUAAUACGAAAUUCGACAAAAUAUCUCGAAUUGAUUAUAACAAAUCUAAUGGAAAUGGUGCAGAGAUACCGAAAACUGUUGAAGAAAUAUGUUGUAGUUGUGGCAUUGGAAGUGUGGGACCACCGGGACCUCCAGGACCAGACGGUGCAAAUGGUGCUGAUGGACUACCCGGAGCAAAUGGACCACCGGGUAUGGAUGCUGAACAAAAUGCGAUGCCGGAACGAGAAGAUUUUUGCUUUGAAUGCCCCCCUGGACCACCAGGACCACCUGGAGCUCCGGGACCGAAAGGAUUCCCAGGGCCAGCUGGAGAACAAGGAAGAGCUAGAAAAGGAGAUCUGUUACCAGGACCACCGGGACCACCUGGGUUUCCCGGACCACAAGGACCUCCAGGAUCUCCAGGACCACCUGGGAUUGUUGGUUCACCUGGUGUUAUCAGUGAAUAUCCUGGAUUACGAGGACCACCAGGUCCUCCAGGACCAACUGGACCACCCGGUGAUGUGGGACAACCUGGUUCAACCGGGAAGCCUGGACCUAUUGGUCCAGUAGGGCCACCAGGUGAUCCUGGACUUCAGGGUGCACCGGGAGCAACUGGAUUGGCUGGAAAUCCCGGAUUACCUGGUAAAGAAGGAAGACAAGGUUCCUGUCAUCAUUGUCCACCACCUCGUACUUCUCCUGGCUACUAA